AAUAUAGACGGUAGGAUUAAGAUUUUAUCAUGAGCACAUCCCAAGAGAUCAAAUGUUGAUGAGAUUGGAACCAAGUUUCCAAGCCAUGGCUGAGUUGAUCCUCUCUCCAAUUGUUGACAAAAUCAUUGGGCGUUUGGGAUCUGAUGCUGUGAAACAGAUCUCUCUGGUUUGGGGUGUCAACGAUGAGCUCCAACAGCUCAAUGAAACCAUUUCAACUAUCAAAGCAGUGCUUCUCGAUGCCGAGAAGAAGCAGUCCCACAACAACCAAGUCAACAACUGGCUCCACAGGCUGGGCAAUGCAGUUCUUGAAGCCGACGACUUGAUGGACGAGGUCAACACUGAAGCUCUACGACGCCAACUCAGGAUGUCUCGAAACCCAAUGGCCAACCAGGUAUGCACUUUCUUUUCCGGGUCCAACCAACUUGCUUUUCGGUUCAAGAUGAGUCGUAGAAUAGAAGGCAUCAAGAAAAAACUGGCUGCCAUUUCCAUUGAUGAAAAUUUACUUUUAGAGAAAGGACGUGAAGAGACUCCGAGUGUUAGGAGAGUGAGAGAUACUCACUCCUAUGUACGUAAGGAAGAUGUUAUUGGGAGAGAUGGGGAUAGAUCUGUUAUCAUAGAUAAGCUUUUGUUGGAGAGUUGUGAGGAGAGUGUCUUGGUGCUAGCCAUUGUAGGCAUAGGUGGGUUAGGAAAAACCACUCUUGCUCAAAGUAUUUUUAAUGAUGAGCAAGUUCAAAAGCAUUUUGAGUUAAAGAUCUGGGUGUGUGUGUCUGAUAAUUUUGACUUGAAAUUAAUUGUGAAAAGCAUCAUUGAGUCUACGAAAGGUGAGAAUAGUGUGGGAGACAUAGGAAUGGAGCCGCUACGGAAGAAACUUGGAGAAGUACUUGGUGGCAAGCGGUAUUUUCUUGUACUAGAUGAUAUGUGGGAGGAAAAUCGUAAUAAGUUGUUGGAGUUGACAACUUUAAUCAUAAGUGGUGAAAAUGUAGGGAGUAGAGUUGUAGUAACUACUCGGAGUGAAAAGAGUGCUAAAUUUAUAGCUAGCAAACAACAACCAUAUCAAUUGGGGAUUCUUGAUGAAGAUCAAUCUUGGUCUCUGUUUAGAAAAAUGGCUUUUGAAAAUGGAACACUAGAGCUCGAAAACACUAGUGUUGUGAAGAUUGGAAAGGAGAUUGUGGAAAGGUGCAAAGGAAUCCCGCUAGCCAUAAAAACAAUAGGAAAUCUAUUGUAUGGUAAAAGUAAAGAGUCGGAGUGGUCUUCCUUUAAUAAAGAAUUUUCAAAAAUACCAAAACAACAAGAUGAUGAUAUCUUACCCACCCUUAGAUCGAGCUAUGAUCAUCUUGACUCCCAUUUGAAACUUUGUUUUGCCUAUUGUAGUUUAUUUCCUAAAGACUACGAAAUGGAGGUGAAAGAUUUAGUUAACCUUUGGAUGGCUCAAGGAUUUCUUAAGCUAUCAGAUCCAAGUCAAGAUCAAUGUUUGGAGGAUGAGGGUUAUGAAUGGUUUAUGAAUUUGUUACAAGGGUCAUUCUUUCAAGAUGUUGAAGUAGAUAAAUGUGGCAUUAUAAAAACAUGCAAAAUGCAUGAUCUGAUGCAUGAUCUUGCAGUUCGAGUAGGAGGAGCAGAAUGUGCUACUUUUGUAAUUUCAAAUGGCCAAGCAAAUAUCAAGGAAACUACUCAUCACGUGUCCUUUGAAAGUCAUACUUACUCAAAAAGUGAAAUUUCAGUUUCGUUGGCUCAUGCCAAAAAGAUUCGAACAAUUCUUCACUUUUCAGCUUCAAAGGACAAGACAUUUUGCGAUGCAAUUAUAUCAAACUGUAAGUCCAUACGUUGUUUGGGUUUAAAUAAUUCAAGGAUGAAGUUAGUAUACAAUUCUAUUGGGAAGUUGAAACACUUGAGAUAUUUAGAUCUCUCAUGGAAUUCUGGACUCAAGGUGCUUCCCAAUUCUAUUACUAAUUUGCUGAAUUUGCAAACACUGAAACUCAAUCAAUGCUCACAACUCCAAGAACUACCUAGAGAUAUCGAGAAACUCAUCAAUCUUAGGCAUCUUGACCUUUCUUCAUGUGAUAAAUUGAAUUCCUUACCAAGUGGACUCGGUCAGUUAAUGCAAUUGAGAUACUUGGAUCUUUCUUGGAAUGAUGGUCUAUUGUUACUACCGGAUUCAACUAAUUGUUUGUCGAAUUUGCAAAUACUGAAACUCAAUCGUUGCUCUGAGCUCCAAGAAUUGCCUAGAGAUAUUGAGAAACUCUUCAACCUUAAGCAUCUUGAAAUUUCUCAUUGUGAUAAAUUAGAGUAUAUGCCACGCGGACUAGGCCAGCUAGCUAAUCUUCAGACAUUAUCGAAGUACGUGCUGAUGAAGAGAGAGAGUUCUAUCCCAAGGCAUGGUGGUGAGCUAAAAGAAUUGAUGAGACUGAACAACUUGAGAGGCGAUUUGGAAGUUAUAAAUCUGAGCCAUGAGAAAGAUGUGGUAGCAGAGUAUGGGAGAGCAGAAAUAAAGGAUAAAAAAUAUCUUCGAUCUCUGACAUUGGAGUGGGAUUCUCGUGUUGAAAUUGAUGAGGCAGAGGCCAUUGUUGGUUAUGAAAUGUCAAUAGAAUGCCUUCAGCCACACGAAAAUCUUCUACAACUGAGGUUAAGAAAUUAUGGGGGUGCUAAGCUCUCCACCUGGCUCUCAUCACUUACAAACUUGGUCGACUUAACUUUGGUGGAUUGCAAAAAAUGUGAGUAUCUAGUUUCAUUGAAUCAAUUCCACUGUCUCAAGGUUUUGAAUCUUCAGAACUUGGAGUCUUUAGAGUACAUAUCCAGCAAUAAUUGCAAUGAAGACUUAGUUGGGUCAACAAAAACGUUAUUGCCAUCUCUACGAAAACUUGAUUUGAGAGGUUUGCGUAAUCUAAAGGGAUGGUGGAGAGAAGAAGUUGAUCAUUCUUUUGCUGCUGCAAUUAGUGGUAAAGAAGAAGACAAACACAAACACAUGCCCUUGCCUUAUCUCCCUUCUCUUUCAACUUUAGAGAUAUGGAAUUGUCCUAAGCUGACUUGCAUGCCACUUUACCCACAUUUGGAACAUUUGACUCUGGAGAACAGCAGCUUGAAGCCAUUGGAAGAGACGUUAAGAAUGAAGAUGAUGAUGAUGAGCAGUAGCGCUGGGUCAUUGAAAGAUCUAACUCUAACAGCCAUUGAGGAUCUAGAAUGUCUUCCAGACUCAUUUGAGAGCCUUACUUCUCUCAAUUGCUUGUUUAUUAAUAAUUGCCCUAAAUUGAAGCAUCUGUGUCCAGGUAUUCUACAUCUCUCGUCACUUCGAAAACUAUGGAUUUCAAAUUGUGAGGGGUUAGCAGACAUGCUUAAUGGUGAUGAUGGCAUUAUGUGGAAAGCCCUAAAUGGAAGCCUCCACUUUCUAUGUCUUGAGACGUUGCCAAGUAUAGCGACUGUUCUUCCCAAGGGUAUCCGACAUCUUACAAGUCUGCAACAACUUGAAGUUUCAAGGAGUGAUAGUCUAACAACAAUUCCAGAGUGGAUCCACAACCUCAAAUCACUUAAGAUGCUUAGGUUAUAUGGAUGCUCCAAUCUGACAUCAUUACCUGAUGGAAUUCGAAGCCUCACCAUUUUGAACUCACUCACUAUACGGGACUGUCCCAUGUUAUUGAAGAGAUGCAAAAGGGAAAUAGGUGAAGAUUGGGAUAAGAUUUCUCAUAUACAACGCUUGCACUUAUAUCCAGAGCCCAACCAAGAAGAAAAUGAGGAGGAAGCGAGAGAAGAAGAGCAAGUAAGAAAGAAGGAAUCUAAGGGUUGUCAGGAGGAUGUGGCAUUGAGAGAGAUGAUUGUUCCAACAGCAAGAGAAGCACAAGAGCCAGCGAGAGCAAGAGCAGUUGUGGGAACUAAGUCGUGCAUUGGCUGUUUUAGCUUCUGCAUCUUUAGUAGAGAAUAUGUAGAGUUCCUUGGGCUUGUAAAUAGGGAGCUGCAUCGCUACAAGGAAAUCAUUGAAAUGGAAACUUGUUAUGUUCAUUGUGAGGAUAAUGUCAUCUUCAAUUUUUUUGUGCAUGACCAACUAGAGCAGAGAUUAACAUCCAAGAGGCAACAAUGAGUUGUUUCUAGUUCUAUUGGUAGCAGAGAAAUGUCUUAAAAAGUCAAUCAGUCCAAUGAUCUGCACUCAUGGUUUCUAGUUUUUCAGGCUGUGCUGAUCCUCUUCCUCUGGGGUCUUUUCAUGUGGCUGGGAUGUUGGCAUUGAUUUGGGUGAUUGGGCUUGCUUGGAUCAGAUCUUGGCUGCAAGAAUUUUUAUAUAAGCUUCUUCUAGUCACGUUUAGCUUCUUGAAACUAGACCCCCUGGUGUUUUGAGUCCAAAAAUAGUUCUUGUCUGCAUCAAUUCAGUCAAAUGGAGAUUAAUCAUGUGCUUGAUUUAUUAGUUUCUUUUGGUAUUUAAGUUUCUCACCAACACACUAAUGGCGUAAUUCUACCAAACUUUGUUUGUUGUUUGAUUAUUAGAGACCUUGUAUCAUUUUAGUAAUUGUUGACUCACAAUUUAGCCUAAUUACUCCUUUCUCUGUCUAGAAAUUUUUGUUUUCUUUCAUUGAGGCAUUUUGUGGGAUGAUGUUAUCCAACAGGAUGUUCUUGGGAACUCAUGUAGAUUUUUUGUAGCCAUUGGGCAGUGAAUAUUCUGAAUCUGAAAUUUCUUUGUAGUGUUCCUCUUUUCAGAGCCUUUUGGCAGUUUAUUUUGCUAUUUUGGGUGUUGCUGAGCAAGAAAUGUUUUAGCUAGCUGGCAUACUUCUUCUAGCUUAACUAGAUACUUGUUUUCUUGAAAUGGUUUUAGCUUGACAAUAUUCAUUACAUUACAAUCUUAUUCUUCUUGACGAAAUGGUGAGUAUAAGAAAUUCCUUGUUCCCUUUUCAAUUUUUCUGUGUAUUUUAGUUAUAAGGAUCAUGUGGCCCAUAUUGCUUAGAUCAAUGAUAUUGUACAAAUAAGGGUUAGUGCAGCUGCUUUUAAUGAUUUAGUAUUUUGAGAAAGAACUUAAAAAAAUGGCUUAUUUGUGUAAACUAUGAGAUGAAAGUUCGUUUUUAUCACAAUCCAUUUUUAUUGCAUUCUCCUUCGGAAUCUAAAAAUUUGGUUUUGAAUAAUUCAAGUGCUUUGAAUUGUUUUCUGAAAUGGAGUUUGGUUUUACUAAAUUAUUAGAGAGAAAGAAAAAUAUAAGUUUAAUUUGAUAUGGUGUUCAACGGCCUUAAUUAAAAUUUUAAAUUCUCUUGUGGUAUCAUUGUAAUAUACUUUAUACAAAACAACUCUAUUUACCCCUUGGCACUGUGAUGCUUUAGAGAUUGUUGUCAAGUUUUGUUUAUGCUGAGUUAGAUAAGUACCUAUCUAAUGGCUUGUUUCUGUUGUUAGCCUGCGACAGCUUUCAAGGGUGCUUAUGAAAGUUUAGGUCUGGAUGCAUCUGGUGGAAAAUCCGUUCAUUUUCAGAAGAUUUGGCACCUUAUUCAGGCAUUAACUGGUGAAGACUCGUCUGUUCCAAAAAGCGUGUCAAAAAAGAUGUCUUUAAUUAUUGGUGCAAGGCGCCAUCUUGAGCGGGGUCAUGAAAAAUAUGUAACGGAUACUAUCCAAAGUCAUCCUGCCCAGGGAACUUGCUAUUUUGAUGUUCACGAUUACUCUCAUUAUAGGCUGCACUUGGUGGGGUUGUUGGAAACAUGCAAAGAAUUCGUGCAUUCCUCCGGAUUCGUUUGAGGGACUACGGAGUUCUAGAGUUUGAUGCAGGUGAUUCUUGAAGGCAGCCUCCUAUUGAUACAACUUGGCAGCAGAUAUACUUUUGGCUGAGAACUGGGUAUUAUGAUGAAGCAAGAAAUGUUGCUCUCCAGUCCCGUUCUUCACACCAGUUUGCUCCUCUGCUUACAGAAUGGAUCAACACUGGGGGUAUGGUGCCUGCAGAAGUUGCAGCUGCUGCCUCAGAAGAAUGUGACAAAAUGUUAAGAAUGGGUGAUCGCAUGAGUCGAGCAGCAUAUGACAAGAAAAAGCUGUUGUUAUAUGCUAUCAUAUCUGGGUCACGCAAGCACAUUGACCGAUUGUUGAGAGAUUUACCUACACUUUUCAAUACCAUAGAGGACUUCCUGUGGUUUAAAUUGUCAGCUGUCCGGGACUGUGCUGUUGGUCCCCCAUCAGUUGUUAUAAGUGACAGCUUGGUGAGGAUUGAUAUCAUACCGACUAUUAUAAUCAUUAUUUCCUUACGUAACUGGACAUCUGUUCAAUGUUACUAUUGUUAACUACAUACUGGGCCCAGCAUUAAGGAGGGAAGAAUAUAAAACCCAAGACUUUUUCAGGUUGAAAAGUCAAUUAUGGGAGGGAAAAAAAAAAAAAAUUUAAAUCAUAUAUUUGAUUGUUUUCCUUUUCUUCUCCCUCCCUCCCGAACCUUUAUCUUUCUUCUUCUUCUCUCUUUUUUUUUCUUUUUCUUUUCCUUCCUUUGUUUUCUCUCCAAACCAGCCAAGACAAGCUUCAGACCAGCCACCGUCGGAGCUCCAUUUCUGACACGCGCUGGAGCUGCAGCUUCCCUGACCGGCGAUGACGGAAACCCCAAAGUUUGGUGACCAUUGGAGCAAGGACGCGCCUGUACGGCCACUCCGAAGUUUCGCCGUCGAAACUUUGAGGUGACUUUCCGGCGAACUCCGACCACCGUUCGGCGAAUGGGUGGUACCAUUGGAAUCAGCAUCGUGAAAGGAUCGUCGCCCACUAAGUCAUCCCGGUCAACUCGCCAUUUUUCUCUGGCGAGAUUUUGGGUAUCUUCGCCCCUUUGGAAGCAUUUUCCGGCGACACCGGAGGUCAUUUGGGCGAAGGAGCUGUACUUUCGUGAUGUACUCAUCGAGAGGAUCGUUUUGAUAUAUGCUAUGCAUAUAUUCGUCGAUGUUUCCGGUACUGUCACCAACCGCUAUAGUGCACCGCUUGGGAAAAGCGUGAUAUUAAAAUCAGACUAAAUCAUUCUAAGAUCGUCGAUAAGCUUAGGAGCGUUGCUUUGGGCUCGGAUUAAAUUCUAAAGAGGAGCCUAGUGAAGCGAACGUGGAAAAGUUUGAAUUGUUGCUGAAGCCAAGGUGUUUAGAGCCACAGUCCUAUCUUUUGAACAUUGUAUGUAUUUAAUUUGGAACCUAUCGGUCUGUACAUCUAAAUUAGCUAUGUCUUAGUUAGGAAUGAGGAAUGGUGGAUGCUAAGUAUUAUUUUGGAUAUUUUAUGACUUAUUAAAUUUAA